GGUCUUGACAUGAUUUGAUGAUUUCAACCUGAUCCUGGGGGAGCUCUCUCUGUUAUUUACCCCAACCGCUACUGACCCAGAUAGGAAAAGCAUUGGUCAAAACUCAAAAGCCUCAACUAUGCGGGCGACGACAGGCGAGAGCGCAGUGGCUGAUUCUACUUCUUAGAGAGUUCGUCUUCUACUCUUCCCGUUUUAUCAAUCAGGGUUUUGUCAUUUUGUGAUUCCCCGGAGGAGGUGGAGAAAGGACAAAACGUGGGGAUUCUUCGUCUUCUGCGUUUCUGCAGGCGACAAUGGCGCCCAGAGGACGGCCGAAGAAAAAGAAGGUGGUUCUGACGAGGAAGGGCGCCGCCGUUGAUGCAAUGCUGGCGAUGGGCUUCCCCCGUAAACUGAUCAACCAAACCAUCGCCGAGCUCUUGAAAGUUUAUGGCGGCAAUGAAGGUUGGUCAUUUAUCGAGAUGGAUUCCUACAAAGCCCUCAUUGAAGCCAUUCUGGAGAAGGACGUCUCAAAGGUGGAGGAGUGCUCACAGGAUUAUGACUUAGGUGGGAACAGCCAGAGGUUCUCUGAAGCUGGGUCCUCAAAUGUUCCACCACCACCUAUUGAUGAAGAGGUUGCUGCACAUUUACCACCACCUGGUGAUGGUCUAGACAGUGGGUUGCAGACCGAGACAGUUUUGACCCCUCCGUUUGCCGUUUCUGAAUCCGAAUGCAAUGUCUUCACAUCCCCAGCUGAAGAAAAGGAAGAAGGUGCUGCUGCUGCUGGCCCUCUGGACCAGGUUGCUAAACUAAGCAACUCCAUGGUUCCAUGCUCUGAUGAAAAUCCUUGUCCAACUCUCUCCUUGGUAGAAUACAAUGCUUUCACAUCCCCAGCUGAGGGAUGCGAAGUUGCUGGCCCACCGGACCCAGAUCACAUCCUUAACGACUCCAUAGCUCCAUGCUAUGAUGAACAUCCAGCUCUGACUCUCUCCUCACCAGAAUGCAAGGUCCUCACAUCCACAGCUGAAGAGAAUGAAGUUCCUGGCCCACCGGACCCAGAUCCCAACUCCAUGGUUCCAUGCUUUGAUGAACAUCCGGUUCCAGUUCUAUCUUCCAUGAGUGAUAAGCAUAGGCCGCCUUGCCAUGGCUGGAGGAAGCGCCCUUGUUAUGACGAGCCAACAAAACUCACGGAACUUGAGCCAUCACCAUUGCCAGAGAAAUUGUUGAAGUUGUUGGGAGAAAUACGCAGGUCGCCAAAGAGACUGUGGGAUGUUUGACUAUAGAGCUAGGAACGGUUGUGAAAUUUGCUGGAGAAUACAAGGUCGGUUUUCCUUUUCUGAGGGGGAUGCUAAGGUUAUAUAAUAGUUUGAAAGUUUUCUGUAAGGCCUGUUUUUAGAUCUGUUGGCUGGCUGGAUUUGGAACUCGGAAGCCGACUCUAUAAGGAAGAAAUGUAGUAUGUUUAUAGUGGUGCUGGGAAGCUGUUGGCAGUUUUGUUUUGGUAAACUGAUCUUAACUUAUUUCAAGACAAAAUAUCAAAUAGUAUAAUUUUUAGGGUUAAUAUAUUUGUUUGGUCCGAACUUUUGUUUAUAUUUAAUAUGUUGAUCAAUUCUUUUGAUAUUUAAUAUUGUAGUCCGAAUUAAUCAUACACUUUACUAAUUUGAUCAAACCCAAAAGUUGAUCGUUAAUUUUAACAGUCAAAACAGUUGACUAACAGUCAACCUGCUACAUCACUGCCCAAUCAUCAUAAAUAAAAUUAAAAAAUUUCUAAAUUCCACAUAAUCCCUAAAUAUUAUUAUUAUAAUUAAAUUAACUUAUUAGCCAAAUGUUUCUUUUCGUGCCUGACUUGAUUGCAAAUCCAUGCACACGUGCAGAUCAGCUGUUGACAAUCCCGAGUUGUUAUAUAUAUAUAUAUUUUUUUUUACAAAGGGAUACUUGCAUUGCACUUUGAAUGAUCGAUUACAAGAGAACCAACAAAGCAAACCAAAAAUAGAACAAGGACAGAGAAACAAAAGCACAUAGAUGCUCAAUCAACGCUUCAGAGAUACAACAAGAAGAGCACAAAACCGAGAAAGAGUCAUCCAACAAAGGAUCUGAAACACUUGAACCAAAAUCAGUAUACACCGAAAGCUCUCUUGCAAUCAAAACAAACGAAGUAGCACCAAGCGCAAACAGCUCGUCCGAUCCGACCGAGUCCUUGACGAUUGAUCACAAUGUCAUUAGCCGCCUCCUGGGAGUCGCUCGAAGACGCUCAACACAGUGAAUCACGGGUGAGAGAUUACAUGGCGGUGGACAGAGAUGAGGAUCGAAAUGCUUCAAGCUGAAGAGGCAGGGGAUGACGAGGCUCCAAGACUUGGUCAAGGGAAGCAGAAGAACCCAGAUCCCCCGAUCAAAGAACUGAACCCACGAGCAGCAAGGCUAGACUCUGCAAUCCAUCCUCCGUCGGCCACCUAGAUGCAGAACAACCACCUGGGAAGAACGAAGGGGAAAACCAGAGAAUCGAUUCACCACAAAAGAUGUUAAACCAACCAUCAUGAGAGAAGACCCAAGAUGCAAAAUCCAACCCCAAAGGAGAGCAAAUCCCAGCAAAAAAUCCUAGAACAGGGGAGCGAAAUGCCAAGAAUGGCUUGAAAAGCUUGAAGCAGAGUGAAAACAUAAAAAACAAAGGCAAGGAAUUAAA